GGGCAAGAACCUGAAAGAUCAGAGAACUGGGAGCAACCGCCAGUAGCUUCCUACCUCUUCCAUUCCUCUGUCCAAAAGAGGCCAGAUCCUCUCUCCGCUCCACUUUAUCAUUUCCUGUCUCCUCUCUGUUCAGACCUCCAGACCUCUGGUUAACUAUUAGCUAGCUCUGCCCUCUGACUCUGAGCUUUAUUUGCCAGAACGCAAACAAAAUAUCACACAACAAAUACCUUCUUGGAAGGAGUUGCUUAGAGACUGAGUGGAGGGUAACCAACUGAUAAAAAACUUUUUUUUUUUAAAAAAGAUUUAUUUAUUUAUUAGGUAUACAGAAGAGGGUGCCAGAUCUCAUUAUAGAUGGUUGUGAGCCAUCAUGUGGUUGCUGGGAAUUGAACUCAGAACCUCUGGAAGAGCAGUCAGUGCUCUUAACCUCUGAGCCAUCUCUCCAGCCCAGAUUAGAAACUUUUGGAGAAGACAAAUACCACAGGAAUCUGAAAAAGUGUCUCUAUGCCUCCUGCUCCAGGUCAAUGCUGGCAGGCCUUUCUGCCUGCACAAUUUCUGAGAGGUUCCCCGGAGCCAAAGAACCAGCAUGGCUGCCCUCUGGUGGACAGUGAUGGACACAAAGAUGCUUGUUCUAUGUGGUCACAUAGCAGGGACUUUUUUUUUUUUUUUUUUUAAUAGCUUUUCCUGGUGACUUCUGGGCCAUGGUUGGAACAUGAAUGGCUGAUGGGGCAGAGUGAGGUUUGAUACUUUCUAAUAGACCUUGGGAAUCAGCUCAGGUCCAUCUGUUCCCUCCCAUCUCCUGGGGUCCUUGAACACUGCAAUAUAGAACAGAGGGUGGAAUUCCCUGGCUUUGUCCCAGUGGGGCUUGAUCACAUCCUUUACCCCAGAUUCUCAGUUCCAGUGCUGUGGGGGUGUGAUCAGAACAGCUCCUGAGGAGCCUGGGGGUGCAUCCUGUGGUUGGUGCGGUGCCAGCCACACUGUGCCCUGGUCCUGCAUCAACAAGAUGAGGGUUUCGGAUGCUGUGAUUCCCGGAUCAGGAGGAGGAAGACCAGAGGACCCCAGAGCAUGCAGCACAUGGAGAGGCCAAGGUCUCUGUGCCCAGGAACAGUGCAGGUGUUCAACCUCUUUCAAGGCUUCAGGGAAGGUGUGGAGGCUGAGCCCCACCCAGGGCGAGCCCAGAAACCACACCAGAGUUGCAGUCACCUUCCUUCUUCCUGGAGUGUCGGGGAAACUUCUGGCCCCCAGCAGGUGUAUCAUGGAGCUGGCCCUGUCUGCCAUCCUAUUUGCCCUCUUUCCUGGAGCCCUGCUGGGGAGUGAGAACCUCACAGCGGACUCCUACAGCUUGUCGCCUGUGACAGACAGUAGCGUUAACCUGGAUUCAGUGUGUGGACGUCCCAGGGCUUCAGGCCGCAUCGUGUCGGGGCAGGAUGCCCAGCCGGGCCAGUGGCCUUGGCAGGUCAGCCUGAGGGAGGAUGGGGAGCACGUGUGUGGAGGCUCCCUGGUUGCUGAGAACUGGGUGUUGACUGCUGCCCACUGCUUCAGCCAGGACCAGCCCCUGUCUGCCUACAGAGUACUGCUGGGUACCAUCUCCUCUUACCCUGGGCCCAAUGAGCCCAAGGAACUGAAAGAAGUGGUCCAGUGUAUCAAGUACCCAAGCUAUUCAGCAAAUGAGCACAGUAGUGGAGACAUUGCCCUGGUGCAGCUGGCUUCAUCCGUCUCCUUCAGUGACUACAUCCUUCCAGUCUGCCUCCCAAAACCUGGAGAUCCCCUGGACCCCGGCACCUUGUGUUGGGUCACUGGCUGGGGACGCACGGCCACAAAUCAACCACUCCCACCACCGUUUACCCUGCAGGAGCUGCAGGUGCCUCUUAUUGAUGCCCAAACCUGCAAUGCCUACUACCAGGAGAACUCCGUUUCCAGCACGAAGCUUGUCAUCUUCGAAGACAUGCUGUGUGCUGGCUUCGAGGAAGGCGGGAAGGAUGCCUGUAAUGGUGAUUCCGGAGGUCCCCUGGUCUGUGACAUUAACGGUGUCUGGAUCCAGGCCGGGGUGGUGAGUUGGGGAUCUGACUGUGCCCUUCCCAAGAGACCAGGUGUUUACACCAAUGUCAGCGUCUACACUUCAUGGAUCGCAAACACAAUGUGGAACUCGGCCCUAGAAACAAGAAGUUUCUCUCUGAGCCUUGCAGACACCUCAGUCUCUGGCCUAUUGCUGGCAUCGGUGGCGAGCACCUUCCUCUUCCUGGGGCCCUAACCUGCAACCUCAUUGUCCCUGUGAUACCUCAGUAAAACCCCCCACUCUAUCCCCUACAGACAAAGAGAAGCUUAAACCAGGAUUCCUAAGUGUAGAUAAGAACUUAGACCCCUUUUCCCCAGGUGGCUGCAUCUGCUACA